AUGGUAUCUCCAGAGUCUACGGUUCCGACUGCGGUCCCAGUGGCGGCCAAAAUUGAGCCCAGUGUCCGCAGGGCCAAGCCCCUCGAGCUCUCCACGUCUCCCCACUCGAACCUCUCGGAGCCAGAGGCGGACAACGAGCAGCUCGACGAGGUCUUCAGCAACCCCGACACCGCCGACCUCGGCUACCGCAGCGACGGCACCGGCGCCACCAGCCCGGGACCCAACAGCCCCGGUCCGAGCAGCCCGCUCUCACGGUCCGUGCUGACCUCGGCCCUCGCUUCAAAGUCGGCGCAGAUGGCAGACGACGCACCCAGCACCUCGCCACCGGCGCUGCGUCUCCAUGCGCUGCCUGCCUUCUCAAAGCCUGCCGGCGCCAACGGUAGCGACGCCGCUGCUGCGCACGAGAGCCAGCCUUCGCUGGUCGGCAGCCAAGCACAAUCCCCCCAGACCCCCACGUCGGUGGUCGGCGGUGUCCGGCGGGACGCAGCCGCUACUUCGGCUCGGCGGCACUCUGCUAACGUCGCAUCGCUGCCCGGUCCGGGUGCCUUGCCCGCGGCCAACGACCUGCCGGCCGAUCCGGUGGAUGCGAGCACGGUAUCGCGGCUCUUUGCGCAUCCACCCGCCGCAUCACCGAUUCUCUCGCCGGCCUCGGUCGCCUCGCCUCCUCGCACACCCGGCUUCAGCCCACGACCGGGUGCAGCAGGACAGCCGCUCGGCUCGCCGACCACGGAGCGGAGCAGCCUCUUCUUCCGGCCCUCGCGCAGCGCAACGCGACCGUCCUCUCCCGACGCGCGAAGCCGCGGCGAUGCCAGCGCGCCCCUCUCUCCGCUCCCCUCCAUGUCAGCUGCACGCGCAGCGGAUCGGCCUACGAGCUCCUCCUCGACCGUCAGCGGCCUGGGCGCGCUGUCCAGCCCGUCUGCCGCGGCUGCAACCGGCUCCAUGCCGCUGUCGGCCAGCGCUAGCGCGAGCUCACAGAGCAUCUUCGAACGAGACAUUGAGCACAGGGACGCCAGCCAUAUCAUGAGCAAGCAGGAGGCCAUCGACGUGGCCAUCCCCAGCGUCCUGGACGACGCCGUCGAGGCCAUCAUCGAGGACGGGACCGAGCAGAUCGAGGUGGUGGCCCCGCAGACGCCAGCGCCUCCCCUCCCGCUCAGCUCGGUCGCACUCUCAGUGCACAGCAACGCAAACUCGCCCGCGAUGUCGUCCGCCAUUCCGUCGCCGCCCGUUGCAGCCAGCGGCCAAUUCGAGGCCCCUCCCGGCUCUAUGGCCGCCCAGAUCGCCGAGCGCCUCGCGCCGCGCCAGUCGGCAGCCUCUGCAUCAGACGAGGUCAGGCAGUCGGGCUCGGCGAUGCGCAGCCGCGGCGGCGUUCAUAGCCCUGGCUCGGAUAUGGGAAGCGUGACAUCGCUGCGCUCCCGUUCGCCGCAGGCAUCGGCGAGCAGGGGCGUGCGAGAGGUCCUCGACACGAGUCCUGCGAGGUCUUCCCGCGCCUCGGCUUCACCGACGCCCGGCCCCCACGCCUCCCUUGCGGCCGCAGUUUCGCAGGCGAGCCGAGCGGCAUCGGCGACCGCCUCAGCGCCGAUCGGAGGCCCGUCUCUCUCGCAGCAGCAGCAGCAGCAGCAGCUACCGGCAGCAUCGUCGGCAUUUGUCACCCCCACGGCCACGGCGUUCCCUUCGCUCCCGCUGCCGAACCCAUACCGCUCCAGCUCGCCCAACCUGGCGGCGCUCAGCGUGCCAAUGAUGACGGCGUCGAUGUCCGACGUCGGACGGCCUGCCGCGUCGAGCCUGAGCAUCGAUGGCGCGAUCAUCAGCGGUGCCGAGGCAGCCUCGCUCGACCACAGCCUCGACAGCCUGGCCGACGUCAUCGCUGCCAGCGAUGCCGAAGAGGCAGCGAGCCCGUACGUGCCGCGGUCGCCGGCCUUUUACAACUAUGCCUCGGGCGCGAGCAGCCCGACGAUGGAGAAGCACAAGAUCCGGAAGGGCAAGGGCAGCGGCGACGGUCGGAUCAACCCUCCGGGCGGACUGGGCACCAUGCCCGGCGGGCUUGGCGUGUUCGACGGCGGCGAGAACGGCUCGCUGAUGGCGCUGUCCUCUGGCGCUCCGUCGCCGUCGCAGGAGGCCAAGCGGAGGCUCUCGUUCUUCUCGUACGCCGACAUCAUUAACCGCAACGCGGGCGAGGUGAUGGACUUUGAAGGCGUCGUACGCCAGGCCGCCGAGCGAGACGACCUGCAGCACGGUUACCCCGGUGGCCACUCGAAGCAGGCGUCAAGCGCCAGCCAGAUCGCCGGCGCCGGCGGCACUCAAAUGUCGCGCUCCGCUAGCACCAGCGCUGCCGAUCAGCGCCGGACGGCGGGAGGCGCGAGGCUGAGCAGCAUCUCUGGCAUCAACACGCCGCUGCGUGGUCGCAGAGACGUGCUCGAGAACCAGGCCCUGAGCAACCGGCUCGAGAGCCUCACCCUGGCGAACAACCCGGCACAGCCGCAGCAGUAG